AUGUCGGUUUCAAAGCAUUCUGAAUCCAUUAAAGUGGCCGUACGAUGUCGGCCAUUAAGCAAAAAAGAGAUAGAAGCUGGAAAUCAAAGGAUCGUAGAGAUGCACACCAGACGUGGUGUGAUUGAAAUACGGAAUCCAAAGAGUGCCCCUACAGAUGCACCUAAAACGUUCACAUUUGACAAAGUCUAUGAUUGGAAUUCAAAGCAAGCUCAACUCUACGAAGAUAUUUUUCAAAUUCUAGUAUCAUCAGCGCUAGAAGGAUAUAACGGUACUGAUAAUAUGAUUAACAUUGUCAGUCACGGGACAAUAUUUGCUUACGGGCAAACGGGUACUGGUAAAACGUUUACCAUGGAAGGUGUUAGAGGAGAUCAAGAGUUGAAAGGUGCAAUUCCAAGAAGUUUUGAGCACAUUUUUAAUCAUAUUUCUGAGUCUCAAAACCAGCAAUUCUUAGUUCGGGCAUCCUAUCUUGAAAUUUAUCAGGAGGAAAUUCGUGAUCUUUUGUCAAAAGAUCAAUCAAAAAGAUUGGAAAUAAAAGAGCGUCCAGAUACCGGAAUUUACGUCAAGGAUCUUUCGUCAUUUGUCACUAAAAGUAUUAAAGAAAUUGAUCAUGUCAUGAGUGUAGGCCACAAGAAUAGAUCUGUAGGGGCAACUAAUAUGAAUGAGCACUCUUCUAGAUCUCAUGCGAUUUUCAUCAUCACUAUUGAGUGUAGCCAGAUUGGCCUUGACGGUGAAAAUCAUAUACGAGUAGGAAAACUAAAUUUAGUUGAUUUGGCAGGAAGCGAAAGGCAGGGAAAAACUGGCGCCAAAGGAGAAAGAUUAAAGGAAGCUACCAAGAUUAAUUUAUCUUUAUCGGCUCUUGGAAACGUUAUAUCAGCCCUUGUUGAUGGUAAAAGCACUCAUAUUCCAUAUCGUGACUCAAAAUUAACGCGUUUAUUACAAGAUUCACUAGGGGGGAACGCAAAAACGGUCAUGGUUACCAAUAUCGGUCCUGCUGAUUAUAAUUUCGACGAAACAAUCACUACAUUAAGAUAUGCAAAUCGUGCAAAAAAUAUUAAAAACAAACCACAUAUUAAUGAAGAUCCUAAGGAUGCACUUUUACGGCAAUUCCAAGAAGAGAUUUCUCGCUUAAAGAGUGCUUUAGAAAAUAAGGGUAAAGUCCCGGGUAAGAAACGUUCCAGGCGUCGUAAAGGUGAACAACAUGAAUUUGGCAGUGAUGAUGAUGAGGACGAGAAUGAAGAUGAUGAAGAAGACGAAGAAGAUAUCGAAAAUUCGAUAGAACAGGAAAAGCAAAAAAUUGAGGAAGAGAAGCAGGCUUUAAUAGCGAAUGAAAACAUGCUAGCAGAGGAAAAGGAACGAGUUCUAGCGGAGAUUGAAGUUAGAGCUACUGAAUUAUCAAAGCAAAAGAAAGAAAGAGAUGCAUUAUCAUCAAAGAUCAAAGCUGCUGAAAUGGAAAUGCAGAAGAAAAUAGAAGCUAAAAGUGAAGUAGCGAAAGAAAAGCAAAAAAACGUUUUAGAAUUAAAGCAAGAAGUCUCUUCUAAAGUUAAAGAAUAUAAAUCGCUAUCUAGUGAACUUGAGAACGUAAAUAAAGAAAUACAGCAAGCUAAGGACGAGUAUAUUGAAAAGCGACAAAGACUAGAAAUGGAAAUGGAAGAACUAAAUAAGCGAUUAAAAAUGAAGACAACAAUAAUGGAAAAUUUCAUACCUACAAGCGACAAAGAGAAAAUAGAUAAAAGAAUUCAGUGGGAUGAGGCUGCCGAUGUUUGGAAAUUAAUGCCGUACACCGACAUCGAUGAGAUCAAAUUGCCACGUCCUAUUUCUGCUCAUGGUAGCCGUACACCAAUCACAUUAUAUGCUCGAAACGCAUCAGUUAAUGGAAAUCCUAGAUUUCGAGCAGAAAACAUCGUUAGCAUAGAAUUAGAUAUGCCUGCACGCACUACACGAGAUUAUGAAGGCCCAACUGUUGCUCCCCGUGUUCAAGCGGCUCUUGAUGCUGCAUUACAAGACGAAGAAGAUCUCACCAUUGACGCCGGGGAAAUAAUGCAAAAGAGAAGUGCUAAAUCUAAAACGAUUAAAGCUAAAACAGGAAAAACAAAGAAGAAAAAUUCUAAUGAUUCUAAUGCAACGGAAUAUCCGAAAGCUAGAGGGCUUAUUAGCAAUGCUGGACGUUACUAG